AAGACGAGCAGGCGCUUCACGUUGGGUACUUUGUGGUGCGCACGAUGGCGAGGGACUGGACGGACCUUUCGUCGGGCGUCCUGGCGGCCAUCGCGGCGCGUCUGACGGCGAUCGACUACAUGGCCUUCCGCAAGGUCUGCCGGCUCUGGGCCCGCUCGGUGUCCGGCGUCCCGCCGUCCCCUCACGUCCCCUACCUCCUUCUCCUCGGCGGCGGCGGCGGCGACGACGACGACGGCGAGCGCAGCGACGAGUUCACCUUCCUCGGCCUCCCCGGCCAGACGCUCCACCGCCUGCCCGUCCCCGGCCUCCGCGGCAAGUACUGCGUCGGCUCCCAGCACGGCUGGCUGGCCACCCUCGACCCCUUCUCCGAGCCCGCCCUCCUCAACCCCCUCACCGGGCAAGAAAUCCCCCUACCCUCCAUCACCACCCUCCCCGACAUCCACCCCUCCUACGCCCCCGACGGCUCCGUAGCCUCCUACUUCCACUUCUCCGACCCCACCGACUACUACUUCCACUACAAGCCCGAGGAGUUCCGUGGCCUUUCCUUCGACAAGGUCGCCUUCUCCUCCAGCCCCGCCGCCGGCGGCCCCCUCACCGUCGUCGCCCUUUACGGCAUCGCGUCGAAGCUCGCGUUCACCACCGCGGGGGCGGACAGGUGGCGCCUCCACGACGACGGCUGGCGCUUCCACGACGUCGCCUUCCGCCGCGGCAGCCUCCUCGCUCUGUCGGGCGAUGGGGAUCUGCUCGCCGUCGACCUCAGCGGAGGCUACGCCGACGUCGUCAGGCUCGUCGCCAGCCAGUUCGACCCCCUUGUCGCAGGACAGUACAGGAGGUACCUCGUCGCCGACGACGCCACCGGCGAUCUCCUGCAGGUGUGGAGGAACUUCGACUUCGACGAUGUCGCGAAUACCUUGACGACUCGCGAAAUCAAGGUCAUGAGGCUCGACUGGGGAACAAAUCGAUGGAUUCCGAUCAGCAGCCUGGGCGGCCGAGCUCUGUUCCUCGGGAUCGGCUCUUCCAUGUUGCUCUCGCCCGAAGAUGUCCGCGGGCUGCGGCCGAAUUGCGUCUAUCUCACCGACGACUGGUGGGACAUGCUGUACAGCGAGGAGGUCAGACUGGCGAGGCGCGACGUCGGGAUAUACUGCCUCGAAGAUGCCAGUCUCCAGCCCUGCCAUUCUCCCGACCCUCGAUUCAACUGGCCUCCGCCUGUCUGGAUCUCGCCGUCUCUAUCCUAACUUAGGCAUGUUGGUUACUAGGACUGCUGGCCUUCAGUCGAACUACCUUGCCUUCAGGGGAUGAACUGUGAAAGGAUCAAUCCUCCAUUCAGUUUUCUUAACUUAAAAAGUACAUCAGGGCAUUCCACUGAGUAUGUUAUUCUGAUCCACAAAACAUCCAUGAAUUCCUGCACUCGUGCAGACUUGCUUACAAGCCUCUAACGGCACAACUGCUGUAGGGAAAUGGCCCGAUGGAUUUGUCAGCUGGUGAACAAGCACAAUCCACUUCUUAUGUUCGAAACAACAAUUCACUUAGGAGAUGUAAUUUCAGUUCUAUACAUUUAAAAUCCAAAUUAGAUAUAAAACAAGAGAAACUUCACACUAGACGAAUAAAAAACUGGGGAAACAUUACAUUGGACAAGUUAUUAUAAAUUUUGUUUUCUUUUUUUUAAAAAAAGCAGUUCCCAUUAUCACAUUUUUACUUUAGAUAUGGCGCAAUUUUUCAAUUAGCGUAAGAGCAUAGUACAAUACUUGAUGAGAAAAGCAUGAGAGUGGAGGAGGAUUUAUGGUCUCUUCUGUUCGCUGUUAUCUGUGCUUGAACCUUUUAUAGUUAUCUUGCGGCUUCAAGCUCUUGCAAGCCCCUAAAUGAAUAUUUAAGAUACAUCAAAUUGUUCUAGUAGAUUAAGUAUCAAUUUAUUUAUUUGAUAUAAAUCAAUCAUCGUAGAUCACAAUAGAAACUUUUUGAUGACACAUGCGAUGGUUCUUUUCAGAUUGAUGGAAAGAAUAUGAAUAACUUCUA